AUGUAAGAAAAGCAAUAAAUAGAUCACCAGAGUAGAUAAGUAGUAUUUAAAAUUUAUGAGGGAGAGUAAUAUAUUUUGAACAUAGGAAAUGAAUUUAAAUUAUAAGUAAAUAGAAGAGAUAGAAUUGGCAUUUUAUAAAUAAGUAGAAUAACUGAAACAAAUCUUUUUUAUGAAAGGUAAUGAUGUAAGUUUAAUUAUAAGACUAAGCGAUGAUACAAUGAUCAUAAUUAGGAAACAAAGAGAAAAAGAUAUGAAUUUAAAUAAAGAGAUAUCAUUUCGAUUAGAAAAGGAGGGAACAAUAAAGGGGAGAUAAUGGUGUUAAAUAAGAGUAUGAAUAAUAGAUAUAAGUAAUAUGUUUUGAGAGAUAAAUUGAUGUUUGAGAAUUGUCUUUAUAAAAUAAAAUAUCAAGAAAUACCAACUGAAAUAAAAUUAAUUAAUAUGGGUUCUUGUUGUUAAAGUAGCCAAGUAGGUCGAGAUUAGUAUAUAUUCCCAGAUGGAGGAGUGUAUACUGGAGAGUUGAAAGAUGGACUACCUGUACGAAUGAUAAUAAUUAAAAGCAUGGUGUAGGAGCAAUAUCAUUUGAAAAUGGAUCAUCAUUUGAAGGCCAUUUUGAGAAUGGAAUGAAAAAUGGUAAGGGUGUUUACAGAUGGGGUGAUAAUUCUUAUUAUGAUGGAGAAUUUUAGAAUGACGCAUUCAAUGGUUAUGGUGAGUAUUAUUGGAGUAAUGGUAAAUGGUACAAAGGAUAAUGGAUAUAAGGGAAUAUGUAAGGAGAAGGCUAAUUCUUUUCUGAUGGUAAGACAUAUAAAGGUGAGAAUUUUGAAUGAAAAUAAUAGGGGAGUUUGAAAAUGAUAAGAGAAAUGGGAAGGGAGAGUAAAUAUGGGCAAAUCGAUAAAAAUAUAUAGGAGAAUGGAGAAAUGGUAAAAUGCAUGGAAGAGGAUAAUUAAUAGAGCCAAAUGGGAGUGUUAUAGAUGGCUAAUGGGUGAAGGGAAGAAAGUAAUGA